AUGCUAUUUGAAAAUGGCAAAAAAAACAAAUUCUCAUUUAUAUUUGAUGAGACUACUAUCAGUACAACAAAAAGUUGCGGCAUAGUAGUAAAAUAUUACGAUCCAGAUAGCAAGACAAUACAAAGUAGACUCUUGGACCUUGCAAACAUUUUCUCAGCCACAAACACAACAGGUGCAACAGGUGGAAGAUUGUAUGAAAUAAUAAUACAAUAUUUUGACAAAUAUGAAAUACCAAAAGAAUAUUUAAUUGGUUUUGCUUCUGAUGGGGCGAGUAAUAUUACAGGCAAACACAAUUCUCUCACAAGAUGCCUGACUGAUGAAAUGCCUGGAAUUACCAUACUCAAAUGUAUUUGUCAUUCUGUACACUUGUGCUCCUCCCAAGCCGCUAAAUGUCUUCCUCACAAAUGUGAAUAUCUUGUGAAGAAUAUACACAACCAUUUCUCCCAUAACGCCAAAAGAAUUCAUAUAUUCAAAGAAUUUCAAGAUUUUUGUAAUGUAAAACCUCACAAAUUACAUGUGUGCCAGACAAGGUGGUUAUCAUACCAUGCAGCUGUAAAAAGGUUGCUGGAACAGUGGGAGCCUCUCAAACUGUAUUACUUUAAUAUCAUUGCAGAGGAAAGACUCCACGCAACAAUAAGCAUAUUGGACACAAUGAACGAACCAUCUACAAAACUUUAUUAUACUUUUCGUAAUUUAAUUUUGCCUAAAUUCAACCAGCUCAACCUACUCCAAAAGCAAGGACCAACCAUCCAAAUGUAUCUUGGAUCAGAAAUGCACUGCCUCAUACAAUCAGAGGAAUACAGACACAACAAAGAUUUGCUAGAGAAUGUAUUCAGCACCUGCAAACAAUUUCUCAUCAUUGCUUGCAAAUAA